AUGGCGACCGUCAAAAAUUGGUUUAACGAGUUUCAACGUGGUCGCACGUCAGUUUUUGAUGAUCCACGUCCAGGUGCCCCGAAAACGGCUACCACGGAGGAUAACGUGAAAAAAAUUCACGAUCUCGUAUUGGCAGACCGCCGAUUGAAGGUGCGCGAGAUAGCUGAGACAGUAGGCAUCUCAAAAGACUGCGUGGGUCAUAUCCUGCAUGAAAUAUUGGGCAUGAGAAAGCUGUCGGCGCGAUGGGUGCCGCGUUUGCUUACUCCGGACAACAAGCGCAACCGUGAGACCACUUCAGAGCAGUGUUUGAUGCUGUUUAGGCGCAAUCCGAAGGAGUUUCUGCGUCGUUUCGUGACCGUCGAUGAAACAUGGAUCCACUGGUACACACCAGAGACCAAGGAACAGUCGAAACAGUGGACUUCACCCGGCGAAUGUGCUCCGAAGAAGGCGAAGACUGUCCUAUCGGCCGGAAAGGUGAUGGCCACCGUUUCUUGGAAUUCAAAAGGUGUGAUCUACAUCGGCUACCUGGACAAGGGCAAAUGA